AUGCCUAACGGCGUGCACAAUCACCACGGCGCUUUUGCGACGCCUCGAGUGCGCAAUGGGGAGCCCCAACCCGCCCCGGCGACGCCCAUCGAGCCUGGCUCUGCGAAGCGUGACCUCACAUCAUGGUGGAAACAGUUCAGUAAACGUAGCGUGAAGAAGGAAGAGGAAAAAGAGCCUGAAGUACCCCGCGGCAUCUUUGGCGUACCUCUCAUUACUAGCAUACCUUAUGCGAAUGUUGCGAUUUCACUCUUCAAUGAGAGUGGUGAAAGCUACAUUUACGGAUAUGUCCCCAUUGUCGUCGCUAAGUGCGGCGUCUUUUUGAAAGAAAAAGGUUUGCGCCCGUGGCCACCAGUCAACGAUCAUCCUAACUCGUGUGUAGCUACCGAUGUAGAGGGCAUAUUCCGUCUGGCCGGUUCUGAGAAAAGAAUCAAGGAACUCAAGGCUCAGUUCGACACUCCACCACGCUGGGGCAAAGGUCUCGAUUGGUCGGGCUACACUGUGCACGAUGCUGCAAACAUCCUUCGACGGUACUUCAAUCAACUGCCCGAGCCUAUCAUUCCUCUACAGUACUACGACUCCUUUCGCCAACCUCUACGUGGGCACCAGGCAGAAGCUGUUGGCCAGAUCGAAGGUCAGGCUCCUUCUAUGGGGGGGUUUGAUCCCGAUGCUGCUGUUCGCGUAUACCAGCAGCUGAUCAAGGAACUUCCCUCCUUGAAUCGUCAGCUUCUCCUCUACAUCCUCGACCUGCUUGCUGUUUUUGCUGCAAAGUCUGAUGUGAACAAAAUGACCACGUCGAAUUUGGCUGCUAUCUUUCAACCAGGCAUUCUCUCCCAUCCUCAACACGACAUGUCUCCUCAGGACUAUCGGCUCAGCCAGGAUGUUCUUAUCUUCCUUAUUGAUAACCAGGAUCAUUUCUUGAUAGGUAUGGAGGGUACCGCUGUCGAUGAGGGCACCGUCAAGCAUAUCGAGAGUGGGCCUUCGACCCCGCAAGCUAGAACUCCAACCACCCCUGGUCGAAACAAGUCGGGUCUCGGACGGUCAGCUUCGGCUGCGUCAAGUGCUGGAGCAGAGAGUCUGCGCAAGUUCGGAGGAGUGCGAAGAAAUGUUUCGACAUCGUCGAGACAAUCGCGGCAUUCAGGGGCUGUACCCAGUCCAACAACGCCUGCGUUCACUUCCGGCUCAGGUGUCCAUCGCAGCAAUACACUUCCCUCUAGAUCACCGGCUCUCACAGCGUCGCGUUUUCCAAGAGAAAGAGGAUCUGAUCCUCCCACGCCCGCGACAGAAGAACCAAAGUCUCAACUGCCAGCGGUCACACCUGAAAUGCCGACACCGGUGGCCACACCUCUGGAAGGACCCCCGAAGCACAUCGACUUACCUACAAGGGAGUAUACUCUGCCUAUACAGCCCGUACAAGAGUCUGUCCAAACUGCGCCCAGAGCUCAGACGUUCCCGGUGGAAAAGCUGGACGUUGUCAAACCUCAGCCAUCACUACAAACCGAGCCUGUGAUACCAGCCCUUCCCACGCCGGCUUAUGAGAUACCUGGGGCUUUCCCGCUUCCAUCUCCUGGCUUGAUUCCGCCCACGCCUGAUGCUGUCACGCCUGUUGCUGCGUCAGAAGCAGCCAAUAUUUUGGGGGCACCAGCUCCGCAGACGUUACAACGCAGUCCUCACGCUACGCCAAAGCACGAAAAGUCCGAGUUCAUGGAAGGAGCGGUGGACUCCGGGCCUCCUGCUGAACCUUCGUCAGUGGUCCGAACUUUCACGCAGAUCUUGUCCGGUACUAAAGCGUCACCGGCCGGUGAUGAAAAGCAACCAGGACGUAAACCGAACAAACUGCAAAAGAAGCGUAUCACCAGUGCAAAUCCUAGCGCACACAGCUCUACUCAUUCGCUGACUGGGUCGCAAUUUGGUUUUGAUGGACUACCCUCUCCACUGCCCCAAGCCGCAUUUCCGCCACCGCUACCGGGUGCCUCGAAAGAGGCAUUGCAGUCCACCAACUUCGACACAGUAUCUUCACGUCACUCCGGCGCGACUCUGAAACCGACCAUGUCGCCUUCGGCGUCCUUUAGAUCUCAUUCAACUGCGACCGAGUACUCCGAAGCCGAACAGUUGGAGGAGCCACCGAAGGAAGAGAAGGAGAAGCGAUCCUUCUGGAAACAUACGCGCGGUGGCAGCAAAGCGACGCCAACUGCGAGCCAAACAGAUCUACAUGGGUCAGUUCCAGGAGGCGACAAGAGCAUGAGCUCUUUCGGAAGCAGCUCCGGAUGGGGCGGUGGGGGACGAAGAAGUUUGCAGUAUGAUUCUCAUCAAAACUCGGAUCUUUCUGUUCCAUACGGAGAGUCCAAGGAAGCCGCCGAGAAGAAGAAGAGCGGACCCUUAGCCUGGCUCGAUAGGAAACGACAGGAACACGACGAACGUAAAGACAGGAAGAGUCGGGCUAAAAGUCCACCAGGAAGCUCGUCUGAGCUAGCGAUGCCCAUUGGCUUGUUGAGUCCCAAAGGUGAAUCCGCUCCCAGGGGUCGGUCUAUGGAUAUGCAAAGGAACAACGGCAACCAUGAGCCGAAAACGGAUAUCAGCAGGAACAAUGCAAGCCAGGACUCAAGUGAUGUCACGCCUACUGGUACAAGUCCAAAGCCUCUGACUAGUACGCCACCGGCAUUACAGCCCGCAAAGCAGCCUCCGCAGCCGUAUUCGCAGUCACAGUCGCCUCCACAAGCGCCGCCGCAAGAGGAGCAUACGCAAGCGGAGCAGCAGCAACAAGAGUCACAGACUGCACAAGCACCGCAACCCGCGGAACAAGGGCCACAGCAGCAGCCUGCUUCGGAAACCGCUGCUCCUCAGCCCCCUGUUGAUACUCCUCAGAGCCAACCUCGCAGACCGUCACCCAAUAAGAGCGGGCUUUACCCUCUGGAUGCAGAUCUAGAGAAGAACGCGUAG